AUGUUCCGUCAGUUUGCCCUCGUCGCCGCGUUCGCCUGCGUGGCCUUGGCCAUGCCGCGUCCUGACGCUGUACCGGAAAACUUUGAAGACAUCCCGGCCGAGUACAAGGCCAUGAUUCCCGAUGAAGUCGCCCAGCACCUCAAGGACGUCACCCCCGAAGAGAAGGCUGUCCUCAAGGAGCUCGCCAAGAACUACAAGGAUUACAAGAACGAAGAUGAGGUGGGGCUUUCGGUGAUGCGAGCUUUUUCAACAACUCAUUCCUAGUUCCUCGAGGCUAUCAAGGCCAAGUCCCCAUCUCUCCACGAGAAGGCCCAAAAGCUUCACAACCUCAUCAAGGAUAAGGUCGAAAAGCUCGGAACUGAGGCCCGCGCCUUUGUCAAGGAGGUAAGUCAUUCGACAUGCUUUUUAACACGUUUCAAUGGGUGGAAACUUGACAGGUUCUGGCUGACGGCCGCAAAAUCCACGCUCAAUAUCUCGCCGGAGAGAAGCCAUCGCUCGAGACUCUCAAGACGUCCGCCAAGACCCACAUCGACGCCUACAAGAAGCUGAGCGACGAGGCCAAGACUCAGUUCAAAGAGCAGUUCCCGAUCCUUACCUCAGUCUUCCAGAGUCAGUUCAACUAUUUUUUUCCCAAGAAUAUAUUUCUCAUCCUUUCAGACGACAAGAUCCAGGCUCUCGUCGACAAAUACAUCAACUGA